GGCCAGGGUCCCUCAAUGCAGGCUCUCGCAGCGCAACAGCAAAUGAUGCACCACCCCGGCCAGCCGUUCGUACCGCCCCAGGCGCAGCGGGUCACCAACAUGUUCAUCGGCUCCAUCUCAGCGGGCAUCACCGACGCCUUCCUUAAUUCGCUCCUCUCUGCCUGCGGCCCGAUCAAGGCUUUCAAGCGACUCAUAACUCCCGCGAACAAGCCGCAAGGGUUCGGUUUCGCCGAAUUUGAAGACCCGGACGGUGCUUUGCGCGCGAUGGCCCUUCUAAACGGCGUCGAGCUCCCAGCGCUCGAGGACGGCGCCGCGAACAAGAAGUUACUCGUCAAGGCGGAUGAGAAGACGAAGAUGUUCCUCGACGCGUACAGCGCGCAAAAGAUGCGGACAGAUGCCGACGAAGCAAAGAUAGCGGAGGCCCGUACGCGGAUAGCCUCGCUCGUGCAAGAACUGACGCAGUCCUCCUCCUCGGCCGGUGGUGGUGGCGCAGGCGGUGACGGUGAGCGGUACGUGAUCCCGCCGCACCUGCACGACCUGCAGGAGGCGGACCUUCCCGAGACGCAGCGAGGGCUCGUGAUCUCCGAGAUCGCGCAGUUCCGGGAGCGCGCGGCGCGGCGCGAGCGCGAGAAGGUGCGCGAAGUGCGCGACGCGAUGCCUGCCCUUGUCUCGGGCGUUGCGGGCGGGGGUGUGGCGCCGCCGAGUGGACCGAAGCAGCAGCGCGAGUGGGGGCGAGGCGGCGGUGGCUCGGCUGAAGGGCCGGGAAGGGCGGUGGGUGCGGGCCCGCAGAGCUAUGAUCGACCGGUCGGGUUCGUAGCUGCGGGUGAUGAUCGGCAGCCCGGGGGCAAGCCGCAAAAAUCGGACGAGGAGCUCGAGGCCGAGCGGAGGGAGGCACGGCGGAAAGACGAGGAGAACUCGUUCAGGGACCGAGAACGACGCUACGAACCGCGAGAACGCACCAGGAUACAAGGCCUCGAGCGUGCGAUCGCCCGCGUCCGCGCUGUCGAGGAGGCGGAGAAGCGAGAUCGCGCCGAAAUGCGCGCGCGGCUCGAAGUAUGGGACGACGAUGAGAGUGAUGAGAUGUUCUACACCGAUCGCUCGCGAUGGCGCCACCUACGUGCACGCCGGUUGGCGACGGAGGAGGCAGCAGACGCCGAGUCACGGGCGUAUGAAGAGCGCGAGACGGAGAACCUGCGGCGCGAGUCGGAAGAGUUCCUCGCGCGGCAGAUGGAGGAGAUGCAAGCGCUUCAGGAGGAGCAACGCAACGCGGGGAUGCUGCUUGACGAUGGCGCGCCGGUCAAGCUGAAUGUAUCCGCCGCGCCCAAGGCAGCCGAAGCCGCGCGCGCGAAACCGGCGCCGGAGAAGAAGGUCGUCCUUGUGGCCGACGAGGACGAGGAGGAUGCGGCGGCCAAGCGGCGCAAGGUCGGGCUCGUCAAGCUCGACUUCAGCGCAGCAGAAAGCGGGGAGAAGGCGCGCGAGCGACUGGAGAAGAUUCGGCUCGGCGUGCCGAGGGACAAGGAGACGCUUCUCAAGGCCAAGGUGCGGUGGGAUGGGCUGUCCGAUAUGAUGGUCGACCGCAAAUUCGAGCCGCUCGUGAAGCGUCUUAUGGUUAAGUACCUAGGCGAGCUAGAGGACGACGACCUUGUCAUGUUCGUGCUAGAGCAUUUGAAGGAUCACAAAGGGCCAGCGAAGCUCGUCGAAGGCCUAGAACCGGUGCUGGAGGAAGAAGCAUCAGAGCUCGUCAUCAACGUCUGGAGGCAGGUAAUCUUUGAGAGUAUGGCAUACGGAGAAGGUCUACCCACCGAGAAAAUGAUGGUAGAUUGAUUGCAUUCCGUGAGUGAUCGUAGACGCUAUCGUGCUGUACCACGUGUCUCUGUAUAUCAGGUUGGGCCGACUUGCUAUCCAAACUUCGCUCCUGCCAAGCGCUUGCGCUGUUAUCUCUCCCUAGUCUCCUGCCGCGAUCAGCUAGGACGUUGGCUCCCGCCAUUUUGCCUCCGAGACGGUGAGCCCGCACUCUUACUUCGUACUGUACUUCUUUGCCCGUCUGUCACGGCACGUUGAUCUCCGGUGGAACAUGUUGUACGUAUACAC